AUGGAGACUCCCCCUCCUGCUGCUGCUCCCUCUCUCCCCACUCCCGCUGAAUUCGAGACCGUCGUUGCUGCCCUGCAAAGCACAGACAGCAGCAACAGGCAGCAAGCGCAACAGCUGCUGCAGCGGCUGCAGCAGCAGCAAGAAGAUUGCACCGGAUUCUGUCUAACCGUAAUUGAGGCAGCACGAGACCCCGCUGUUGCUACAGUGGCUGCUGUCCUCCUCCGCAGUGCAGCCUUGUGGCACUGGAAUGCCCGGAUAGCUGCAUCAGCAGCAGCAAAGAAGAGGCUGGCUGCUGCGCCUCCGGGUGAAGCAGCAGCAGCAGCUGGUCAAGCUGCAGCAGCAGCAGCUGAGGCCCUACAGCUGUAUGUACAGCGUAUGCAGCAGCUCACGGCAAGCAUCGUGCUUAUGUUACAGCAAAAGGCAGCAGCAGGUUGCAAGGGCAGCGGGGAGCGGCAGCUGUCGCAUGCAUUUUGCUGUUUGGCAAAGAAGGGCCUUGCAACAGAUCCUCCAGUCUUUUUGCCGGCUUUAAAACAAAUACUGAUGGAGGUGGUUGCAAAGGGCUUUACUGAGCGGAUUCCCCUGUUCUGGAUGUCUCUGCUGGCGGAGACUGCGCAGGAGAUGCAGCUGCAGCAGCAGCAGGGCAUGCACCUGUCAUUGCAGCAGCACGCCGCCUGCUGCCGCUCUUUUCAGCAGCAGCUGUUGCUGCCGCUGCUGCAGUUUGUGCUGCAGCGUUUGCAGUUUAUAUUGGACAACCCUCAACCGCAAGGCGCAUGCAAAGAGGAGAUUGCUGGCAUCCUAUUGGUAAUAGAAACAGCAUGCUCUUGGAGCUUCGGCCACAUGCUGCUGCGGCUUUCGAGUGUAGAUGAGCUGUCGCUGGCGCCUCCGGCAGAGUGGAUCCCUGUCUUCUUUCCUCAGGCGGCGGCAGCAGCAGCUGCUGCUGGUGCUGGUGGCGGAGGAACAGGUGCUGCUACUGCCGCUGCCCCAGGCGGCCUUCCACCGCCUCUACCGCAGCAGGAGGGGCUGUUUGUGUUGGUGUUGCGGCUGUACAAGUUGCUACGGGAGAUGCAGCAGCAGCAGCAGCAGCAGGGGUCAGAGCUGUUUGCUACCUGCCGCUACCUGCUGCAGCGGGUUGCCAAGUUUAGACCCUUAGCAAUGGCAGAUGCCUUGUUGGGAGGAGAGGAGGGAGGUGAUGCAGCAGCUAACAGCGGCGCAUCUGCUGCUUCUGCAGGAAUCCUGCCCCUUAAAAAGAGCUACUCAGGGCCUGUUGCUCGUUCCAAGAAACAAAAACUUACUCUCUUGGUCUAUGUGCCGCUUUUGCAAGUACUGCUGGAUCUAGUAGAGACGUGUGCCUUCUACAGAAGUCUUCCAGGGGCCCCAGAAACCCCAGGGGGCUCCCAGGGCCCCCAAUCCCCAGCCGCUCAGGGGGUCCCCUCUUCUCUGCAGGAUGUAGAGGAGGCUCAGGACUUGUGCGCAGCACUCGCUAACGUUGCAG